UAAAUAGCCAGAGGCCACUGUGAGGUCGGUUUGGGUCCAACUGGACGUCUGUGGGUCUACACGAGGACAACGCAACAUCUCUUCCGAAAUGGGGCUCACCAGAGUUGUUUUAGGAGUGUUGGCCUUGGUGACUUUGUGUGUUCCAUUAGGAAGUCUUGUUGUGGAUGCAGUGAUGGAAAAGAUUGAUGGUGGAGGGCUCAUCAAUCUUGGUAACAGAGAACGCACCUGGACUCCUUACAUGAGCCUAAGUCACCUACUCUCUGAAAUCGAAAGCAUCACAUCAUAUUUUUCUUUUCGGACUUUUGAUCCGGAGGGUGCCUUAUUCUAUGGGGACACGGACAAUGGGGAAGACUGGUUUGUUCUCUUUCUGCGAGAUGGUGUCCCAGAGAUGCAAAUUGGGAAGGGAGACGUGCUGGUCUCUGUGGCAGGUGGCCACAAACUAAACGAUGGCCUCUGGCACAAGCUUGAACUCCACAGCGAGGGAAAGUUUGUGGUGCUGAAGGUCGAUGACCACCGGGAGCUGGCGAUGGGCCUGCACUCUCAUGAGCCUGAUACAUCAAAGGAGGGAUACAUCCGGUUAGCCCUCGGAGGCAUCCUGGUCAGCGAGAAGAAGCUUCUCCUCCCAUUGAAUCCUCUGCUGGAUGGGUGCGUUAAAGGAGGCCGCUGGCUGAAUCUCAGCACUCUGUGGGAUAGCACUCCAAGGAAGACGGCUAUGUCUUGCUUUCCAAACAUCAAAGCAGGGAGCUUCUUCGCGGGUACUGGGCUCGCCAUUUUCAACACUUCUGAUCUUCCUGGGGUUGAUCCAAAGGAAGAGAGGAUCAUCAUAACUGUAAAUACAUCUUCAACGACUUUGAAUGGGACCAUACUCUCCUUACGGUCACUUCAAUCACAUUCAACAGUCUUGAGUGUGGCUAAGGACACCAACUCUGGGAUGAUGAUUUUCAAAGUAAACACAGAAACCACUCCCAUAAAUGAGAAGUUUGAUGAGGACUUAAUUUCCUUUAAUGUGAUCAUCCAUAAAACCUCAGUGGCCUUUGAAACAAAAAACGUUUCAAGUGAAUCUCAUCUGAGGUCAGGUGACUAUAGUAGUAUUUUGGCAGCGUGGAAUGAGGGAAUGCUUCUUGCUUUUGGUGGGGUACCAGAAGAUGGUCUUGACAGUGGUUCUGAUUACAUGGAGGGCUGUCUAGACACAAUUUUCAUCCAAGGACAAAAAAUUGAUUUGGACCAGGCCUCUUUCAAGGAUGCAUCUGUGUCUUCCCAUAGCUGCCCUGUUUAAAUAUAACAUGUCCUGUGUAAAAAUACAUUUUAAGAUUUU